AUGUUGUAUAAGAUCAAGGUCGUCACCAGCUUCCUCAACCAGCAGCCGGUGAACCCGUUCGAUGAGGAGCUGGGCGCCGCGGCAACGACCGACUACCCGACUACCGAAUAUCCGACCGACAACCCCUACCAGGGUCGGCGACGGCGCCGCGACGCCCCCGUAGAGGGCGCCGCCGCAGCCGUAGAGGGCGCCGCCGCCGCCGCUGCGGGCCCGCGGCUCGAGAAGCGCGAGGCGAGGGAGGAGCUUGCGGAGCCGUGGACGGGCGCGCGCGUGGAGAAGAGGGAGGCGCCGGAGGUGGAGGAGGUGGAGGGGGAGGAGGUGCACGCGCGGAGGAAGAGGGCAUCUUUCCAGCCGAACAAUCGGCUGAGGCAGGCGCUGUUUCAGCUGAAGAACGUCACGAAGGAUAACUGCUGGCAACUGCGUCCGGAGGACCUGAGGAUGCCGAGCGACGUCAUAUACGGAGUCGAGAAGUUCUACGCGAUGCAGAUGUACACGGCCGUUAGACUGGCGAACUUCCUCAGCGACUUCCUGCAGACGAUCAAUCCGGAGGAGGUGGGGACCGUCUAGGCGGCCGGGAGAAUUCG